CAUUCUCCUUCCCAAGCGUUCAACUUUUGCAGUUUCUUACGUUUAUAUCUUGGGGAAUUCUUAGUUUUCGUUACGGGUUUCAAAUGGCUGGUCGGGGCAAAACUCUCGGAUCCGGGGCAUCGAAGAAGGCGACAUCGAGGAGUAGCAAGGCCGGGCUUCAGUUUCCGGUGGGUCGUAUCGCUCGGUUCCUUAAGGCUGGGAAAUAUGCUGAACGUGUUGGAGCUGGAGCUCCGGUUUAUCUCGCCGCUGUUCUCGAAUAUCUUGCGGCUGAGGUUCUUGAGCUUGCCGGAAACGCAGCCAGAGACAACAAGAAAACCCGAAUUGUGCCUCGUCAUAUCCAGCUCGCCGUUCGGAACGACGAAGAGCUGAGCAAACUACUCGGAGAUGUAACGAUUGCCAAUGGAGGUGUGAUGCCCAACAUCCACAACCUCCUCCUCCCCAAGAAAACCGGAGCCUCCUCCAAGGCAGCUGCCGGUGAUGAUGAUUAGAUCCAGAUUGAUUAGUUUAGGUUCUGAAAGUGGCAAGUUCUCCUUUUGCUACGUGUAGAUGUGGUUCUGAGAUUGAACAGGUCCGAAUUCUAGCUUUGGUUGCCCUCUUUAGUUGAAGAAGAAAGAAAGAAGGGUGUUUUAAUGUC